AGUCAGUGUGUUGGAUGAUGCACCACCGUUGAUCAGAACAGACAGUAUAUACUUGACCAAAGCUAUGCUUGGAUACAAGACUGAUGACUCAAUAACCAGCAUUGACAACAGUGAAGGUGAUUAUGUCCCAGGGCCAUCAGAAUCAUCAGAGGAAGACAAUUCUGAUGAUUUUUCAGAACCAAAGACAAGGGUGGACAGCAGUAAACACGUUGAUUUAGUCUCAGAGGGAGACAGUUCAGAUAAAAUAGCAGGAGUCAAGAGAAGGAAUCACUACAAGAAGACUAGCAAGAGAUGCAGAAGUUCCUCAGAAGAAAACAGCUCAAAUGAAGAAACAGAACUCAAGAGAAAGAAUCAAUAUGCAAAUACUUAUAAGAGAUGUACUAGUUCCCCAAUGUCAAACACUAGCAGUGAAUCAUUGCUUGUAAUGAAUGUCUCAGAAUUAGAUGGAUCCAAAAAGUACCACCAAAAAAAGCACUUCUGUCUGUUUUGCGAGCAACCGCAAUCCAAAAUUGCCCGUCAUUUACAACGUAAACAUGGGGAUGAAAUAGAAGUAGCUACUGCACUUCGGUUUGCAAAGAGAUCAAAAGCUAGGAGACUUCAGCUGAAUCUUCUUCGCAAGAAGGGGAAUCGGGCACACAACAUUCAGGCACUUAAAGAAGGAAAGGGGGUUUUGGUACCAUGUAAACAAACAAGUAAUGACAAGACCAAUCACCAGGACUAUCAGCAUUGUUUUGCCUGCCAUGGGCUCUUUAAACGCAAAUCUAUGUGGAGGCAUGUGGCAAGGUGCACACUAGCACAACACGUUCGAAAGGAGAUGCCUGGCAAAACCAGAAUACAGGCGCUCUGUGCUAAUGCUCAACCGGUUGCUAAAGGAGUGAGUGAAAAGGUAUGGAAACUUGUGAGUAACAUGGCUCAAGAUGAUGUAGCCCAUGCAGUAAAACAAGACAGAUACAUCUUGGCAUUGGGUGAAAAAAUGUACAACAAGAAAGGGGAGAACCCCUCACAACACCAGCACAUUCGUCAAACUUUGCGAGAACUAGGGAGACUUGUGAUUAAAGGUAGAAAGGUGACACCACUGAAAAAGAUGAAGGAUUAUAUCAACCCAAAACACUUCCAACACAUCAUAAAAGCUGUCAAAGAAGUGACUGGCUAUGAUGAAAAGACAAACAAAUUCGAAAAAGCAACCCUGGCGACAAAGCUUGGGCAAAGCAUCCAGAAAAUUGCAGACAUCAUGGAGGGUGAAGCUCUUAUUACCCAGAAUGAAGAAAAGUUGAAGCUUGUCCGAGACUUCCAAGGCAUCUACCGUCUUCGCUGGAAUGAAAUUAUCUCUUCUGCUGCAUAUCGUACACUUGAACAGAAGAAAUGGAACGCACCGCAGCUUAUUCCAUUAGCAGAUGACGUUAAAAAAAUACACAUGUACUUAGAUGAAAAGCAGAAACAAUACUACAACCAACUGUGCGAUGAGAAAACCUCAGGAAAAUGGAGCAAUCUAGCAAAAGUGAUACUGGCUCAGAUGAUUAUCUUCAACAGGAAAAGAGAGGGAGAGGUGUCAAAGAUGUCUGUGGCAACAUUUCACUCCAGGGACAAAUCCCCACUUAACAAAGAUGUUGCAGUGGCGCUAACAGAGGUUGAGAGACUACUCUGUGCGCAUUUUGAACGCAUUGAAACCUGUGGGAAGCGUGGCAGGAAGGUGCCUGUAAUCCUUACUCCAGUGAUGGUGGAAUCUUUAGAGCUGCUUAUCAAAGAGCGGUGCUCAUGUGGAGUGAGCGAAGGAAAUAUCUACUUAUUUGCCAGGCCAGGAUAUGAUACACAUUUUCGGGGGAAUGACUGCAUCCGCGCCUAUGCCAAACAAUGUGGUGCCAAGUUACCUGAAGCAUUGUCAUCAACUAAACUACGAAAACAGGUUGCCACCCUCUCCAGAGUGUUAAAUCUCAAUGAUACAGAACAGGACCAGUUUGCUGACUUCUUGGGUCACGACAUUCGGAUUCAUCGAAAGUUCUACCGUCUUCCAGAGGGAACGCUUCAGUUGGCCAAAAUAAGUAAAAUACUGAUGGCAUGUGAACAGGGCAGAUUGGCAGAGUUCAAGGGGAAAAGUCUGGAUCAAAUAACCAUCAGUCCCAGUGAAAAAAGCAUGGCUGAAAAUAAUGAGGCUGCAGACUCUUGUUCAUCAGAGAACGACUCUGAGAGAGAGGAGUCAUCUGAAAAAUCCUAUGAAGAAAAUCUGACCGGAGAGAUGUCAGCGAUUCGGGCCAAACAGCCAAUGACUAAGGGAAAGCUGGGACAAAAGAGAGGCUCACAUGAAAUUGAUGCUGCAGCCACUGAUUGUGCAUCAGAGAACGACUCUGAGAGAGAGGAGUCGUCUGAAAAAUCCUAUGAAGAAAAUCUGACCGGAGAGAUGUCAGCGAUUCGGGCCAAACAGCCAAUCACCAAGGGAAAGCUGGGACAAAAGAGAGGCUCACAUGGUGCCAAAGGAACAAAAAGGUUUUGGUCGACAAUAGAGGUGGAUGCAGUUGAAGAUUCCUUGAUGAAUUUUAUCCGAAUGGGAAAAACGCCUGGAAAACAAGACUGUGAGAAAUGCAUUGCUGCUUCUGGCCAAGCGCUAGUAAACAGGGACUGGAGAGCAGUAAAGUUCUAUGUACACAACAGAAUAGUUGCAGAUCAGAGAAAAUAAGUGUAUAAGAUGCUUCUAUCUUGGUGUACCUCUGAGGAUUUAAUGGGACUUACUUGACUUAAGCUCAUAGGCAGUUAAUGAAUGUCCUCCAUCUCACUCUGUUUGGGGGAAGUUUUCCCAGGUGGGUUGUUCACUUUUGGAGUGAUUAAGGUCUCAAGAAUACAAAGCCUGCUGACUUUGAAUGUUACAGAAAAAUAAAAAACAUUUUUCUAAACUA